CCCGCCACACCGGCACCAACUGAUAACUGGGCGUCGGCUAUUGGAGGAUGCCGUAUUCCCCUUUGCACUGGUGACCGUCUGAUGGAUGAUCAUGGAAUGUCGCGCAUUCGUUUACCCUUCUGUGGUUCCCUCCCGCCUCAAUCUUAUGCCAUUUUCUAGAGGCAUUUGUUCUAUCAACUGAAUAUUCUUCGUUCAUUUAUUACUUAUUUAUUACUUUUAUUUUGAGGAUAUAGGGUCCAAACAAAUCUUUUGGUUCGCGCAAAGUGGACGGUCCUGUACUCUAUAUGACAUGGAUACUUUGAGACCGACCAUGGAUCUCGAAAAGGAGUUGACCUGCUCUAUUUGCACGGAACUCCUCUUUCAACCUCUAACGCUGCUCGACUGCCUCCACACCUACUGCGGUGCGUGUCUGAAAGACUGGUUCGCAUUCCAAGAAAUCCAAGCCCAACACGACGCCGGUACUCCUACGUUCACAUGCCCCUCAUGCCGCGCCCUCGUUCGGGACACCAGGCACAAUGCUACUGUGACGACUCUGUUGGACAUGUUUGUCUCUGCAAACCCGGAGAAAGAUCGACCAUCGGCUGAAAAGGAGGAGCUCAUGGCCAGAUACAAGCGCGGCGACCAAAUUUUGCCCAGACACCCAGGCUCUAAUGUGACACCAGAGACCAGGCGCUUCGAAGAGGAAGACCGGAUGCUGGUCGACUCGGUGCGCGAGAUGAGCCUGAGGGAAGCGCAAGGCAGCGCCCCGCUCUCAUCUCCCGCACCGAGACGCCGGAGGCGCAGCGACAGCAGGUCGAGCGAGGGACGUGAGAGAGGGAGUCGUGAUCCGAGCGGGGAAAGUGCCCGAAGCCAGCGUCAUGACGGGGCGAGUGGCGUGAGUAGACGCCAUGGUGAGGACACCCGCUACCACGGUGAUCAGCUGCAUCCACAGCCAACCCAGACAGGAGAUCAUCGACGGCGGAGACGAAGCGAGUCCAGGAGACGACGGGAUAACAUGUCGGACGCGCGUCACCGGCAGAUCGAGCACCAGUCGUCCUUGCGCUCCCUCAUCAGUUCGGAUGACCUUAAUGAGCGAGACAUCGAACGGGAGAUCGAGGAGUUUGCGAGGCAGAUCCAGGAAGAAGGAUUACUCGACGGGUUGGACCUAGACAACAUUGACCUUAGCAGGAACGACGACUUGAGUCGCAAGAUCACCGAGGCCUAUCGCAGGAGGCAACGCGAGCGAGAGCGAGAACGGCCGAGGGCUACAGAGUCGAACAGGAGGAAUGAUAACAGCAACGCAAGUCGGAACAAUAACACCACAUCACGUCUCACUACUGAGCCAGUCCAGGAGGCGGUACGCCCCGUAGCAUCAGGCGCGACCGCGUCAGCAGGAGAAGCCGAUACAUCGUCGCCACCGGUACUGGGACCAGCACCAGCACCAGCACCAGCACCAGCACCGGCAUCUGCCUCCUUAUUGUCUGAGAACGGACGUCCACACGACAGGCGCAGUCCACACGCCCGGUCAGUAAGUGCCACUAAUAUUACGGAGGAAAGCAGCCGACCACCAUCUGCACUCAGUGCAGCUCACCCAGACAUGCGGACUGGCCGACGACGAGGAAGGAGCUCGAGUGGCGGUCGGCCCUCGGCCAUACCCGUCCCCGGUACGCAGUCAGAUCUGAGUUUGGCCACUCGCCCACGGACCGACUUGGACCCUCGGACGCAGAGUCAAGAUAGCCUUCCUGCUCCCCGGGCAGCAUCCAGUGAUGGACGAAGCUGCUCCAGUACAACUCCGAUGGCUAUCACCCUCACCGCGCCGUCCACCACGUCCACCCCCACGUCGCGCGAUCAGUCGUUUGCCAGCCGGCUCCCGGAUCCCACGAGCCUGGUCUCGGCCAACUUUGCGCCAGCGCCGGGCCCUCUGAACCGUGCCAAUCGACCGGUUGACCUGACCGUUCUCAGCCAGGCUACGUCGAUGCCAGUGUCGUCCGGGAAUCCGGCGUCGGCGUCGGCGUCGGCCAGCCAGCAGCGCGCUCGCACACAGCUCUACCCCGAGCCGUCGAUCACCUGUUCGCGUUGUUCGAAACAGCAUAUCGAGUAUGAAGUCCAUUACAACUGCUUCACCUGCGCCAGCGGGAACUGGAACCUGUGUCUGGACUGCUACCGAGCCGGCAAAGGGUGUCUACACUGGUUUGGCCACGGCUACGGCGCCUAUGCCAAGUGGGACAAGGCUCGCCAGGCUGCUGGCCGCGAGGAUCUGCCCCGGCCGCACGUGCUCACGGCCAACCGCUAUCUGCCUCUCAAGAGCACGCCCGGCGGUGCCGAUGGCCGGCGAACCCUGACCACGGAUGAUCCUGUCAAGCGGCUCGAGAGCGGCUACUUCUGCACGCGCUGCCUGGCGUGGGCCAACGAGUGUUACUGGCGGUGCAACCUGUGUAAUCAGGGCGACUGGGGUUUCUGCAACGAUUGCGUCAACCAAGGCAACUCGUGCACCCACCCCUUGCUCCCGCUCAUGUACGAGCCACCUGCAUCACACACCCCGCCACCCAGCCCACGAUCCCGGCCGCCACCACAGGCCGCCAGCGUCCUGACGGGACCCAACGUCUGGAGCGUCGGGCCGUUCAAGCCGCUCACGUUCACGACGCGCUGCGACGUCUGCCAGGAACCGAUUCGGCCGAGGGACGCGCGCUUUCACUGCUUCCACUGCGCGAGCUCGAUCGAGCCCGACACCAACCCCGGGGACUAUGACGUCUGCAAAGGGUGUUACGGCGCCCUUGUCGCGCGCGGCCAGGUCAGCGAGGAGAAUGGGAUGGCCGGGUGGCGCAGGUGUCCCCAACGAGGGCAUCGCAUGGUCGUGGUGGAGUUCCGGGACGGACCUGGAGGGCAGUUCCGCCACGUAGUGGCUGAUGUCGUGGGCGGGCGCAGACUAGCAGUUGCGCCCGCGGACACUGAAGGGCUGCAGAAGUGGUCCUGGUUCGAGGGCGACAGGAAGGUAGAGAGACUGGUGACCUUGGAUGUGGCUGCUUCGACGCCCAAGCCAACCAACUCCAACGCCGCGGCCAACACCAAUGCCGGGCCAGACAGCGACAGGGCAGGCGACGAUCCUACAGCGGCGGCGUUGUCGGUAGAGAUGUUCCCGCCGGAUGGAGGUACGGGCAUGUCGGCUAUGGCAACAUGGUCCUGGUAUCCCAAAGCCGACGACGAGCUACUGUUUCCUAAGGGGGCAGAAGUGAGAGAGGUUGAGGAUGUGAACGGAGAAUGGUUCUUUGGCGUAUAUAUGGGGGCAAAGGGACUCUUUCCUAGCCCGUAUGUUCAGCUUUUGGACGGGACAGCGGGGACAGCGGGGACACAGAGCGCAGCAUGAUAAAUCAUAGUGCCGCUGAUAGACGGCUCAAGGGUCUGAGCGUUGGCUGAUGAAGUUAUGAUGGAACUUACCGAGCGCGAACACAAGCACAUGAUGAAUCUAAGAUGGACAAGAAGCGGCGUUUAAUGGAUAUAAUGAGUAGAGAUUAUAUACUUGACUGCCCAAAGUAAGGUAGCUUAGGUAGCUGACACAGCAAUCAUGGUCUUCUAG